CUCUCCCGCCUUGCCCUGCGCUGGACAGCCAUUGAUUUGGAAGAGACGGCAGUUUCUUCUUCAUUCUUCCUCCGCCGCAAUAAUUUAAUUUUUCUUCAAAUCUCGGUGACUUUGUGAAGCGAUCUUUCUCUCUUCUUUGGAGGAAGAAAUCGCCGUCGCCGUCGCCGUCGGUGUAGAGCAUGGCGCCGCAGCCAUUCAUAAAUUACCUCACCUAUGUUCACGCGAUUCCUCUUCUGUCUGUCUCCUCAACUCCAUUUUCAUUCUUUUCGUCAUAUCCGUUCAGUGACUACCGUUGCAGCAGAAGGAAAGAGAACCUUCUCUCACAUAUUCCAACAAUGUUCGCAGCGAGCGGCGAUAUUUCCGGGGAAGCAAGCUCAUGCCCGGAUGGUAUUGACUCAUUUCACACCCACUGUUUUUGUAACGAAUUGCUUAAUGCAGAUGUAUAUAAAAUGUUCAACUUUAGAUUAUGCACGUAAAGUAUUCGACAGAAUGCCUCACAGGGAUAUGAUUUCAUGGAAUGCCAUGAUUUUUGGUUAUGUUGGAUCUAGAAACCUGGAGGUUGCACAUUCCAUGUUUGAUUUAAUGCCUGUGAAGGAUGUUGUUUCGUGGAAUACGUUAAUUUCUGGGUAUUCACAGAUUGGUAAGUACAGGAAGUCCUUAGAGAUGUUCCUGCUGAUGAUGCGGAUGGAGAGAUUGGUGUUGGAUAGAGCAACCUUUGCCAUUGUUUUAAAAGCUUGUUCUUCUUCGGAUAACUAUGAGAUGGGGAUACAGGUUCAUGCACUUGCAGUCUUCAUGGGUUUUGAUUGUGAUGUGGUAACUGGGAGUGCAUUGAUAGACAUGUAUGCAAAGUGUAGGAAAUUGGAGGAAUCGUUGAAGUUCUUUGAUGAAAUGCCUGAAAGGAAUUUGGUUUCUUGGAGUGCUGCCAUUGCAGGUUGUAUUCAAAAUGAACAGCUUUACGGUGGUUUGGAACUCUUCAAGAAAAUGCAGAGAGAUGGAGUUGGCGUGAGUCAAUCUGCUUAUGCUAGCGUUUUUAGAUCAUGUGCAGCUUUAUGUGAAGUUGGGUUUGGUUCUCAGUUACACGCUCAUGCUUUAAAGACUAACUUCGGAUCUGAUAUGUUAGUAGGAACUUCAAUUUUAGAUAUGUAUGCAAAAUCUGGCAGAUUAUCUGAUGCUAGAAAGCUAUUUAAUUCGUUGAGAAAUCAUAGUGUGCAAUCCUACAAUGCUAUGAUUGUUGGCUGCGUUCGAAGUAGUCAAGGAUUAGAUGCUUUGCAGAUAUUCAAACGUUUGCUUCAGUCUGGUCUUCCAUUUGAUGAAAUAACUCUAUCAGGAGCAGUAAGUGCUUGUUCAUUGAUCCAGGGUCGUUUACAGGGAAUCCAAAUUCACGGAUUGGCUUUAAAGAGUAGUCUAUGGUCUCAAGUUUGCGUGGCGAAUGCUGUUCUUGACAUGUAUGGAAAGUGCGGUGAUUCCUUUAUUGCACGCAGAGUGUUCGAUGAGAUGCCAAUAAGGGAUGCUGUCUCUUGGAAUGCUGUGAUUGCAGCCUAUGUUCAAAACGGAGAAGAAGACGAAACUCUUUCGAUAUUUGUCUUGAUGCUGCGAUCCAGGAUGGAACCCGAUGACUUCACUUAUGGUAGCGUACUGAAAGCUUGUUCGAGUCAACAAUCUCUUAACAAAGGAUUGGAAAUUCAUACGAGAAUAGUGAAAUCUGGCAUGGGUUUCGACUGGUUUGUCGGGAGUUCACUUGUCGAUAUGUACUGCAAAUGCGCGAAGAUUGACGAGGCAGAAAAGAUUCAUUACCGGCUAGAAGAACGAACGAUUAUAUCAUGGAACGCUAUAAUCUCAGGCUUCUCUUUACACAACCAAAGCGAAGAAUCCCAAAAAUUCUUCUUCAAGAUGUUGAAAGAACAAGCCGAACCCGACAUUUACACGUACGCCACUGUUCUCGAUACAUGUUCUAAUCUAGCAACAGUCGAACUCGGAAAACAAAUCCACGCUCAAAUUACGAAACACAAUCUUCAACAAGAUGUGUUCAUAUCCAGCACGCUAGUGGACAUGUACUCGAAAUGCGGAAUCUUGGACGACAGUAAACUGAUUUUCGAGAGAUCUUUAAAACGCGAUAUAGUGACGUGGAACGCGAUGAUAACCGCCUACGCUCAUCACGGUCUUGCUGAUGAGGCGUUGAGAACCUUCGAUCGCCUUCAGCUCGAGGGAUUGAAGCCAAUUCACGCCACUCUAGUUGCUAUCUUCCGUGCAUGCGCCCACAUGGGGCUGGUCGAGAAAGGGGUGAAUCACUUCAACUCGAUGAAGAAAGAAUACGGGUUGGAUCCUCAGCUCGAGCAUUACACUUGUCUGGUUGAUAUUUUCGGAAGGUCUGGUCAAAUUAGAAAAGCUUUGGAGGUUAUUCAAGAGAUGCCGUUUGAAGCUGAUGAUGUUACUUGGAAAACAUUGCUGAAUCUUUGUAAAUUGAAAGGGAAUGUUGAGAUAGCUGAAAUAGCAGCAAAGGCUAUUAUGAAGAUGGAUAAUGAAGAUUCGGCUGCCUUAAUUCAAUUGUCAAAUGUUUAUGCUGAUGCUGGAAUGUGGGAUGAAGUUAAAGAGGUUAGGAAGAUGAUGCGGUCUGGUCGAUUAAAGAAGGAACCGGGUUGCAGCUGGAUUGAAGUUAAGAAUGAAUUACAUAUGUUUGUAGUUGCGGACAAGGCUCAUCCAAGAGGCCAAGAGAUUUAUCAACAACUUCAUUUGCUAAUGGUUGAAAUGACUUGGUUUGAGGAUAUUCUUAUGGAUUAAGAACACAAUCAAGUAAGUUUUGCUGUCUUUAUAAUUCUUAAUUAAUAUGGUUUAUGUUUUAGACUCGAAACUUGUUUGGAGAAGGGUUUUUUUGAAAAGGAAAAAUCCGCUUGAUAAGGAUAUGAGAUAAUCGAUUUUUUUUUACAAGAAAAGAAAACCCUGUUUGAAUGCAUUUAUGAAAAGAGAAAAACAAUAAGAAUGAU